ACGAUAUUUGAUUCUACCAUGAACGUAUUUGUCUGCACAGUUUUACUAGCUUUACUGCAAGCCAAUUUAGGAGUUCAUUCAAUGCCGGAUACACAGAAUGCUGCAUCCACGCAGCCAGCAGCUCCUACAGUGGCACUGCAAUCAACACCAACUUCUAGUCCACCUGUGAAAGGUGACACUGGAAACUCAAGAGAAGGAGGCAAAGAUAAAUCAGUCAGUGUCGCAGUGCAAACACCCCCGAAAUUUUACAAACCAAAAACUUCACAUGACAAAUCUUUAGCGUUUUAUAAAACAGUAAUCAAAAUUAUGGAACGAUUAUCAGAAGCCUUUCACAAAAUAUACAGAGAUGUGGAGAAAUUCAAGAGACACCUCAAACCGAGUAGAAUCUGAGAAUAUGCUGCAGUGAACUGAAGUUUGUUUAACACGUUACUUUGAGAAUAAAUCCAGUGACUGAGUGUUUUGUAAUUGUCUUUGUUGUUUGUUUUUGCUCAUGCACUGUGAAACUAAGUAUGUUUAAAUUAUCAAAUAUAGUUUCUGUGGAAAUAUGUGAGAA